AUGUCGCCUAUAGUUGGUCCACAGUCCGAAAUUAAAAGAAGAGAUAAAUAUGAAUGUCUGGUAGAGGAGACGUACACGACGGAGCCAGUUUCUAGACCAUUUAUCAGAAAAUUAACAGAUCUAAGUAGUUCUAGCGAUUGCGAAUGCGAUCAGCAGUUACAGUUUUUACAACUCCGAACACCAGACAGAUGCUUCAAGAUAGUGCUCUGUGGGGAUUCUGGGGUGGGAAAGUCAAGUUUCCUUGAAAGAUUCUGCCAAAAUACCUUUAACGAGAAAACACAAGUUACCAUAGAGAUAGGUUUUCAAAUGAAAUCUCUAGUAAUCGACAGCACGGUGAUCUCGUUACAGAUCUGGGACACCGCAGGCCAAGAGAGAUUUCGCAGCCUACCACAUUCGUAUUUCCGUAAAGCCGAUGGCGUCGUCUUACUCUAUGACAUAACGUGUGAGAAGUCUUUCCAAUCGGUCACUAGUUGGCUAGUCAAUAUUCAGGAGGUUGAUAUUGAUCAAAGCGCUGUCAUUAUUUUAAUUGGGAAUAAAGAAGACCUUGCGACCACUCAGAGGGUAAUAUCGACGGAAUGUGGGAAACGAUUGGCUGAAGACUGUGGUGCCUUUUUCAUAGAAACGAGUGCUAAAACUGGACACAAUAUAUUUGAAACGUUUGACUAUAUGGCAAGAACGCUUCAAACACGAGAAGACGAGGUUGUCAAGACAGUGUACACAGUUGACGUGAAUGAAAACACACACAAGACACAAAAGAAGAAAACAUCGAAAUGCUGUGCAUAGCCAGACAAAGUAAAAAUAGAAUGACAUUGAUUUAUCGAGUCCAAAGCUCUGUAUAAAAUACAUGGCAUACUAUUUUUGUAACAAUCGCUUUU